AUGGGAAGUAGAAUGUUCUCCCAACAAUUGAAUAGAGUUUCCGGUAGUAAAGGACCAACAGAAAUUGAUAUUUCUGGUGUGAUGGACAUUCCAAGUAAACAAGCUCCUCCAGAAAUUCUGCGAACACUUCAAGAAAGAGUUGAUAACGUUAAAAAGGAAGCAAAACUUGGUGGAGGUGUUGAAAGAAUGGAAAAACAACAUCAAAAGGGAAAGCUUACAGCCAGAGAACGUAUUGAUCUUCUCGUUGAUGAAGGAUCAUUCAGAGAAUAUGAUGCUUUUGUUAGACACAGAGCCACUGACUUUGGAAUGGAAAAGGAUAGACCAGCAGGUGAUGGUGUUGUUACUGGUCAUGGUACAAUUAAUGGAAGAUUAGUUUUUGUUUUCAGUCAAGAUUUCACUGUUUUUGGUGGAUCUCUCUCUGAAACUCAUGCUCAAAAGAUUUGUAAGAUUAUGGACAAGGCUAUGGAAGUUGGUGCUCCAGUUAUUGGUAUCAAUGACUCUGGUGGUGCUAGAAUUCAAGAAGGUGUUGCCAGUUUAGCUGGUUAUGCUGAAGUUUUCCAACGUAACGUUAAUGCUAGUGGUGUUGUUCCACAAAUUUCCUUGAUCUGUGGACCAUGUGCUGGUGGUGCUGUUUACAGUCCUGCAAUGACUGAUUUCAUUUUCAUGGUUCGUAACACAAGUUAUAUGUUUGUUACUGGUCCUGAUGUCGUUCACUCUGUCACUCGUGAAACUGUUACUUCCGAACAAUUGGGUGGUGCUCAAACUCAUACUCAAGUCAGUGGUGUUGCUCAUCGUGCCUUUGACAAUGAUAUUGAAUUAAUCAAAUACACUAGAGAAUUCAUCAGCUAUUUGCCAUCAAGCAACAGAGAAAAUGCUGAAAGUAGACUUCUUGCUACAAAUGAUCCAGUUGAUAGAAAGGAUAUGAGUUUGGACUUUGCUGUUCCAUCUGAUACUAAUGCUCCAUAUAACAUGCUCUCUUCAAUUAUUAAGCCAAUUGUUGACGAUCAUGCUUUCUUUGAAAUUAUGCCAGAUUAUGCUAAGAAUAUUAUUACUGGUUUCGCUCGUAUGAAUGGUGAAACUGUUGCUAUUAUUGCUAACCAACCUUGCGAAUUGGCUGGUGUUUUGGAUAUCAACUCUUCUAUUAAGGCUGCUCGUUUUGUUAGAUUUGCCAAUGCUUUCAAUAUUCCAAUUUUGACCUUUGUUGACGUUCCAGGUUUCUUGCCAGGUACUGCUCAAGAAUACGGUGGUAUUAUUCGUCACGGUGCUAAGCUUUUGUUCGCUUAUGCUGAAGCUACUGUUCCAAAGAUUACUGUUAUCACUAGAAAGGCCUACGGUGGUGCUUAUGACGUCAUGUCUUCAAAGCACUUGAGAGGUGACUAUAACUAUGCUUGGUCUACUGCCACAAUUGCUGUCAUGGGUCCAGAAGGUGCCGUUAAAAUUAUUAAGGGUAUUGAAGGAGAAACUCAAAAGGAUCGUGAAGAAACUUAUCGUAAUAAGUUUGCUACUCCACUUCUUGCUGCUGAACGUGGAUUCUUGGAUGAUGUUAUCAAGCCACACGAAACUAGACAAAGAAUUAUCGAAGAUUUGGAAAUUUUAAGAACAAAGAAGAAGGAAAAUCCAACCAAGAAAUUAUCCAACAUUCCAUUGUAA